AAUAUUUUAGUUCUAUUGACGUCCCUGACUCCUAUCCUUUAACUUUCUGUCUGAAAAUAAAAUAUGCGUUUUUCUUAACUACUUAACCCACUCCAGUCAGCAGAUGGCGGUCUGCGACUUUAAGGCAAUGCUGCUACCGUGACGUAUAAUCUAGUGGACGGAACGCUUUUAUCAACAGCAGCAACAGACAGUCAGCCACCUCCGUAGCUUGCUAGACAAAAUAUACGAACCAAUAAAGCUCUUUAGACGCUUUAGUGUAUAUUAGCCACUGUGUUUUAAACCCUCGUCUGUCGUCUAGUUAGUUGUCGAUUUAAUUUCACAUUUACGGUGUUGUAGUUAUUAGUCAGUUAGCGGGCUGGUUAAGUUAGCAUUAGCCUAGCUAACAUCCCCGACCAUGCGGUCACUAAGCUACUCUCCUAAAGAAGAGGAGAUCUGCUGGACGAAGAAAGAGGUUAUGUGGCUAAACAUUGUCGUGAAAGAGGAGAAAGAGGAUGUCAAAAUACAAAAACAGGUAGACGGUGAGGCUGUUACAGUGAAAGAAGAAGAGAAAGACGUUUCAGUGAAAGAAGAGGAAGAUGCGUUCAGAGUGAAAGAGGAGGAGGAUGUUACAGUGAAAGAGGAGGAGAAAGAGGAAGAUUUUGUUUUUGGAGUGAAAGAGGAGGAGGGGGAGAUGACUGUCACAUUGGAGGAAGGGGAGGAUGAAGAUGAGGAAACUGGAUAUCUGGGCUCGGUUUCCCAAACGCAUCUUAAGGCAUCCAAUGGUUCUAACGAUGAACGGGCCCUGAUUAACACUAGAGAAAGACGUGACUAUCGUGGAUCCUCUGGGGCGCCUCAACAACAUCAUGAUGCUGACGAGGCAGAGAGAAGUCUCUCCCGAUCAGAACUCCUCAAGAAACACCAGCAGAGACCCACAGGAAAGAAAUCUCACUGCUGCUCUGACUGUGGGAAAAGAUUCAACUACUCAUCACACCUUAAAAUACAUCAAAGAAUUCACACAGGAGAGAAACCUUAUAGCUGUGAUCAAUGUGGGAAGAGUUUUGUUAAAUCUAGCCGCCUAACUACACACCAUAGAACACACACAGGAGAGAAAUCUUAUAGCUGUAAUCAAUGUGGGAAGAGUUUUAGUCAAUCUAGCUCUCUGACAGUGCACCAGAGAAUACACACAGGAGAGAAACCGUUUAUCUGUGAUCAAUGUGGGAAGAGUUUUGUUCGAUCUGGCCAUCUGACAGUGCACAAGAGAAUACACACAGGAGAGAAACCUUAUAGCUGUGGUCAAUGUGGGAAGAGUUUUUAUUCUGCUAGCUAUCUAACUAUACACCAUAGAACACACACAGGAGAGAAACUAUAUAGCUGUGAUCAAUGUGGAAAGAGUUUUUCUUCUGCUAGCUAUCUAACUAUACACCAUAGAACACACACAGGAGAGAAUCCGUGCUGUGAUCAAUGUGGGAAGAGUUUUUCUACUUCUAGCUAUCUAACUAUACACCAGAGAGCACACACAGGAGAGAAAUCUUAUAGCUGUGAUCAAUGUGGGAAGAGUUUUUCUACUUCUAGCUAUCUAACUAUACACCAUAGAACACACACAGGAGAGAAACCUCAUAGCUGUGAUCAAUGUGACAAGAGAUACUCUGAUAAAAGAUCUCUGAUCAAAUAUCAGAAAAUUGAUAUAUGAAGGAGUUGUUUCAUGAUAUCAAUUACUUAAUGUCACAAUGUAGAAUGUUUUAACAUUGUAGUAGGAGUAUUUUAAUGUCUCAAUGUAGAAUGUUUUAAUAUAUAGUAUAUUAAUAUACUCUGCAGUCAGUCAGUCAGAAUGUCACAAUGUAGAACCCUAAACGUUUGCCCCCUUAUCAAUUGGUUUCAACAUGAUAUGGAUAUUAGGCUCAUUGGGGGAAAAUCCAGGCUCUGAAUUGAAAGAGUACUAUUUAUGUGAUUUAACACAAAGUGACCAACAAAAAAAGAGUUGUCCUCUAUCCAGAAUCAACUGAUUUCAACAUAAUAUCGAUGAGUUAGCGACCCCUACAUUUAAAUGCAUCACUCCAAAAUGUAGCUGACUGUCUUCUGCAGGUUGUCCUCUAACCAGUGAGGUAAAAGAUAUCUCCCAUUUCCAUGUGUUUUUUUAGUUGUGUUAGUUUCAACAGCAAGUACAACCUGAUUUCCCCCCUAAUCGAUAUCAGUGAUUUAUUGCUACUUGUCAAAACAACAGUGUUUCUGGUGCUUAUGCAGUUUAUAAGGUGCUUGUUUUUAAAAAGACUAUUGUGGCAGAUGUUUGUGUAUAUACCACAUGUUAGGUUUUCAAUUUAUCCCAAACUGUUUCUGCAUAUUGGUUAUUGAUUUGGACACGUUAAAACUG